GCAUGAGGGACUACGAGGAGGUGACCGCCUUCCUGGGCGAGUGGGGCCCCUUCCAGUGCACCGUGUUCUUCCUGCUCAGCGCCAGCAUCAUCCCCAAUGGCUUCAACGGGAUGUCAGUCGUGUUCCUGGCUGGGACCCCGGAGCACCGUUGCCUGAUUCCGGACACCGUGAACCUGAGCAGCGCGUGGCGCAAUCACAGUAUCCCGUUAGUGGAGAAGGACGGACGCCAGGUGCCCCACAGCUGCCGCCGCUACCGACUGGCCGCCGUCGCCAACUUCUCGGCGCUGGGGCUGGAGCCAGGCCUGGACGUGGACCUGGAGCAGCUGGAGCAGGAGAGCUGCCUGGAUGGCUGGGAGUACAGCCGGGACGUCUACCUGUCCACCAUCGUGACCGAGUGGAAUCUGGUGUGUGAGGACGACUGGAAGACGCCCCUCACCACUUCCCUCUUCUUCGUAGGCGUUCUCUGUGGCUCCUUCGUGUCUGGGCAGCUGUCAGACAGGUUUGGCAGGAAGAACAUUCUCUUUGCAACCAUGGCUGUGCAGACUGGAUUCAGCUUCGUGCAGAUUUUCUCCAUCAACUGGGAGAUGUUCACUGUGCUAUUUGUCAUCGUGGGCAUGGGCCAGAUCUCCAACUAUGUGGUGGCCUUCAUACUAGGAACAGAAAUUCUUGGCAAGUCAGUUCGAAUCAUAUACUCUACCUUGGGAGUGUGCACAUUCUUUGCAAUUGGCUACAUGGUGCUACCGCUGUUCGCCUACUUCAUCCGAGACUGGAGGAUGCUGCUGCUGGCACUGACGCUGCCAGGGGUGCUGUGUGUCCCGCUGUGGUGGUUUAUUCCUGAGUCGCCCCGGUGGUUGCUAACCCAGAGGAGAUUCAAAGAGGCGGAACAGAUCAUCCAGAAAGCUGCAAAGAUGAAUAACAUCACACCGCCAACAGUGAUAUUCGAUCCCCUGGAGCUACAGGAGCUAAACUCCUUGAAGCAGCAGAAAGCCCUCAUUCUGGACCUGUUCAGGACUCGGAACAUUGCCACCAUAACCGUGAUGUCUGUGCUGCUAUGGAUGCUAACUUCAGUGGGUUACUUUGCUCUGUCUCUCGAUGUUCCUAAUUUACAUGGAGAUGUCUACCUGAACUGUUUCCUCUCUGCCCUGAUUGAAGUUCCAGCUUAUUUUACAGCCUGGCUGCUGCUGCGGACCCUGCCACGGAGAUACAUCAUAGCUGGGGUGCUGUUCUGGGGAGGAGGUGUGCUCCUCUUGAUCCAAGUGGUACCUGCAGAUUAUGAUUUCCUAUCCAUUGGCCUGGUGAUGCUGGGGAAGUUUGGGAUCACCUCUGCCUUCUCCAUGCUGUAUGUCUUCACUGCAGAGCUCUACCCAACCCUGGUCAGGAACAUGGCCGUGGGCAUCACCUCCAUGGCCUCUCGAGUGGGCAGCAUCAUUGCUCCUUACUUCGUUUACCUGGGUGCUUAUAACAGGCUCCUGCCCUACAUUGUCAUGGGCAGUCUGACCGUCCUGAUUGGAAUCGUCACCCUUUUUUUCCCUGAAAGUUUUGGAGUGACUCUCCCAGAGACCUUAGAACAGAUGCAAAAAGUGAAAGGGUUCAGAUGCGGGAAAAAAUCGAGAGUCUCAGUAGACAGAGAAGAAAAUCCCAAAGUUCUAAUAACUGCAUUCUAAUAAAGUUUCCACAGUACUCAGAAAACUGAACAACAGACACACAAGACUCUGUGACCUGGGUGUAGGGAUUCACACCUACAACCCCGUCCCUCAGGAAGUGGAAGCAGGACGAUCAGGAAUUCAAGGUCAUCCUUUGCUACAUCACAAAUUCAAAGCCAGCCUGGGCUUUAAAAAAAAAAAAAAAAAAA